CUUGACAGGUGUGAUAAACUGAGAUUGAACACUAGUUUCUCAGUUACUCCAGAUUGAUUUUGGUCUCACGUUUUUUUUUCGUCCUCUCUCUUUGGCCACCUAGCCUUCUUUCCUAUUGCUGGGUGAGAACUCUGUCUGUCCUGCUUUAGAAAUGUCUCACAUGGCAUCUGAGAUCAUUGCAUUUGUGCUAGCAGUGUCAGGAUGGGUGUUGGUUAGUUCUACUCUACCCACAGACUAUUGGAAGGUCUCAACAAUCGAUGGUACUGUGAUCACCACUGCAACAUUCUGGUCCAAUCUCUGGAAGACCUGUGUCACUGACUCAACUGGAGUAUCCAACUGUAAGGACUUUCCAUCAAUGCUAGCCCUGGAAGGUUUUAUCCAGGCCUGCCGUGGUUUACUAAUUGCUGCAGUUAGUCUAGGCUUCUUUGGUUCAAUCUUUGCACUUGUUGGCAUGAAGUGCACCAAGAUUGGAGGAACAGACAAUCAAAAAAUGAAGAUCACAGCCUUUUCUGGUCUUCUCUACGUUUUGAGUGGUCUUUGUGCAAUGACUGGGAUAUCACUAUAUGCACAUAAUAUAACAUCACAAUUCUUUGAUCCAACAGUUCUGGAACAAAAGUAUGAACUGGGGGCCGCCCUUUUUAUUGGAUGGGGUGGAUCAUCUCUAACCGUCAUCGGAGGCGCUAUUCUUUGUUUCUCUUUGAAUGACAGUUUAAAAGACUCCAGAAUACAUUAUUCUUAUAACGGGGUCACUUCUGUGAGAUCAGCACGGACACGCCUUCCUGAUGAAAGUAAUAGUCGCAAUGCGCCGAGGGAUCUUCCCAGACACUUUGAUAAGAAUGCCUAUGUGUGAUGAGAACAUUCAGAAGGAAAAUGACAAUCUAGUGUACGACUCAAAGAAAGGAGCGUGCUUGACCAAUGUGACACUCUAACUUGGUUUCCUCUACAUUCCUGUAUUGUCCUGUUUGCUGCAACUUUUAUUCCCCUCUUCUUAUUCUACCACAAAAGUCCUUCGGAAUUGGCUUCAGCUAUGACUCAAAACAUGCUUUAUACUCAAGUCUGUCACCAAGAAAGGCAUUUUAGAUACGACAACCAAUUUAGAAAAUAUACAACUAAUCACGAUGAAAUGGAUUAAUGGCAGGAUUCUCUGUCUCCAAAAGCAGAC